AAGACCACGUCAUCCAAUAUGGAGCUUUUUUAAUGAAGGAGAAGAAAUAGAUUCAGGUCAUCAUUCAGUUUUUUGUAAUUGUGAUACAUCUUGGAAAAGAGGAAAACCUUCUAGUUUAGAAUGGCAUAUUUUAGUUGAAUGCAAAACAGUUGACCCACAUGUUAAAGAAGCUGAUAUUAAUAACUAUUUUGAAAGUUUAACAUUAAGUAAUGAACAAAAAGCAAAUUUAGAUAUUUCUCUUAUUAAGCUUUUUGUUUGUGGUGGGCUUUCUUGGCGACUUGUAGAUUAUUCUUUUUUUGUUAAAUUUGUUCAACAAUUACGACCAGCUUAUAAUCUACCUGUUCGCAAAACAUUAGCUAGUACAUUAUUAGAUAAUGAAAUUUUACGU